ACAUGUGAAGCAAAUUCCAAAAUACAUCAUCCACAUUAUGGCCUAUCUUAAUAACUUUCAUUCCUACCACACAUAGCAAAGCCUUAAACCAACCCUCUACCUUCUCUAGCUAUUUCAUUAAUUAUUCCAAAAUUCUCCCACAAUCAUCAACAAAAACGUAAUGAACUUACUUAGACCCUGCAAAUACUCUUAUUACAAUACUCAUCAUCAUCAUUCGAUCUUUUACAACUCCAAAUUUGCAAUAGGAAAGAUAAACAAAUUUAGUUUUUAUAAGCCAAAAGGCGCUACAAAUAAUGCUAAAAAUGUUCUUACAGUACAAGUGAGAGCAUACAAUUCCAACGAAGAAGCCGCCGUCAGAAAAGAUGAAGAAAGGGUUGAAAAGAAAAGCUUUCUCUCUUUAGAAGAAGCUGGUUUGGUGGAGAUCUCUGGUUUAAGUAUUCAUGAACGUUUUCUUUGCAGAUUAACGAUAUCGUCUUUGAAUCUACUGAGAGUGAUAGCAGAACAAGAAGGAUGCUCAAUUGAAGAACUGAAUGCUGGAAAGAUUUGUGAUUGGUUCUUGAAAGAUAAGCUUAAAAGGGAGCAGAAUAUUGGUUCUGCUGUACUCCAAUGGGAUGAUGAUGACCCUUUCGCCGGCCAAUUUUAAUUACUCUUGUAUUAUGCCAUCUCUUGUAUUUAAGGCCCGUUCGGUGUCGUUUUUUGUUUUCAGUUUUUUGGUUUUUUAUAAAACUAAAUACCAUAAUAUAAAAACCACAAAGGUAGUUUUCA